GCAAAGCUGAUGGAGAGAGAAAAAGACAGAGAGAGAGGCGUUAGGAGCUGAUGUCACUCCAGAGCGCUGCCUGCAUUAUGACCCCGUGUCAACACAGUGGUCUAGGACAGAGGUUGCUCUUAGAGAAGGCGAUGGGAGCUGUUCGCUGAGGUCGUGCUGGGGAACUGAAGACUCCUGAGGACAAGAAAGCAGGAAGAGGAGCCAAGAGAAGUUAUCACUUCUAGACCACAGAAUCAUCAACAGCACUGAAAUAUCAAACUUUUUAAUGUAUUAUUUGCUUCUGUGCAAGGAACUAAUGAGAGGACUGCAACUGUGCCACUGUUUCACUGUCUUUUACAGUCUCGAGACUGCAGCUUUUAGAUGAACUGCUUCCAGAGUGCUCUCUAAAAGACAGUUGCUUGGAAUCGCUUAAAUAUCAAGUUCACUCUUCCGCUCUCUUUUUGGGAUUUGGCACUUGACAGGAGAUCAUUAACUUUGUUUACUCUCAGACAAUGGACUUGUCCUUGCUUCCUACUCCAGUGAGUGAGCGCAACAAGCAGAGGACAGGAGCACGCUUCACUGUCCGCUCGGCUAACUCUCCCUCAUACAGUCUCACUCGCAGGCCAGGUGUUAGGGAACACAGAUGUGUUUCUGUGGAGGAGAGGGAGGGUGCUGAAGAAGCUGGAGAAAAAGAGAGGUAUGGCACAAACGCAGACACAAAUGGUACGCGUAAAGAGGAGGACAGAAUCGCAGGAUAUCAAGCCAGGACUGGGUGUCGCAGCAGUGUCAAAGGUCAGAGUGAGGAGAAGGAAAUGCCAGGCCAUGAAAUGUCCCCCAAGCUGAACCAGAAUGACAUAGGAGACAAAAUGAUCACAGGCGGUGGCAGAAGUGAAAACCCUGCAUUUGAAAGCCAGGGCAGGGCAGAGGCGAGGAGAUACGACUGGCUAAGUAGAAGUAAGAGUUUAGAUUGGAGAACGGAAGCAAGAAGCAGAGCUGAAAAAAGAGGAGAGGACUUCAAUAAACAGGCUGGAGGCUUGGAUGAAAGAAGGACAGGAGCUGAAGGUGUGAGGGGCAGGGUGAUGUCUUCGAUACAUGCCAAUAACUCUUCAGGCACAAGUCAUGUUGACAGAGAGAGUAGCCCAGUGGGUCACACAAGCCAGACUUUGGACAGGGCCAGCAGGGGUCAUUCUCUCCCCUCCAGGUUUAGGUCACAGUCUGGUCCAGGCACAGAGAUAGCUACUUUUGAGCCCAUAGCAGGUCAGAGCAUCCUCGAGCGGAUAGAAAAACUCUAUGGGUCUGCUGGUUUUGGUAAAGAUGAGAAUUACAGCAAAAUUAGGGACCUCCCUACCCCUGUAACAACCAAAGACUCCCUUAUUUUGUCACAGCAGAGGUCAUUUGAGAGGGCAGCGGGGGCAGCCUUGCCCAGGCUUUUCUUAUCAGGAGAGAAAAAUAGCCUCAGUCCAGUGCAAAGCGGGAAAUCAAUCACCUGGACUUCUCAAAAACUUACCUUAGGCUCUGACAGUUCAGUUUCUCCAGGAAGAAGCAGGAGAUCGUCAGGAGAACAGGGGCAGGGAAAGAUCCAGGGCAGGUAUUCAGAGGACGGUGGAGUGAACUGGCGGAAAGGGUUCACGGAAAUAGGCACAAGGUCUCUGGAUAGAGCAAGGAGUAGGAACACGGUAGCAGCUCAGAUUAGAUCUGCCAGGGCUGCAGGAGGGAUUACUGCACCUCCAGAGACUAAAACCUUCCUAGCACGCGAGACAUCAGUUUCUCUCAAAGAUUCAUCCGAAUUCACACAAAGAAGAUCAAAUGAAAGUAAGGAUCAGGACAGGGCCAACCAUCGAGAGGAAAAGGCUGAGACUAAUGGAAUGAAUGGGGCAAAAGAGACAGAUGAUGGCACAAAAGAAAAAGAUGAAAUGAGGGGUGGUAGCACUGACGAAGAUGUGUUUGAGUCAAAUCCAAAAAAUAUUACACUGAAAACAACAGAGAGGAAGAAGUUCUCAGAGAUGUUAUCGGUGCCCUCUGCAGCCAGUGUGAGAAAUAAGAUCAGUCAGUUUGAGGCUCUGUCACAGAGAGCUCAGGGUUUGGCAACGGGACAGGUCCUGAUGCCCAGGAGGGCCUUAUCUGUGCCAACGCAACUCAGCAGGGCCCAUGAUGGAGUGAAGAAGAGUGGGUCAGCAAAAGCAAUAGGUGGAUUGAGGGACAAGUGGGAGGGAAUGAAAGAGGGAGGGGAGGGAGGUGAUCAUUCUGAAGAGAAAAAGACAGCAGCCGGAAAGAAGGCAGUGUCGGAACGGUCUUUAUCAUUGGACGAGGUUGGACUGACAUUGAGGAGGAAAGAAGGAGAAGGGAAUGAUUUGGCUGAGAAUGGAAGGAAAGGUAACAACUGUGCUGAAGAUUUUGGUAAAUAUUCCAGACUCAAGGGUACACUUGAAAUCCCUCUAAACGGAGGAGCUCAAAAAUGCCGUGGAAACUUUUACAUAGAUGAGACAGAUUUCUCCAAACUCUCAAGCCCUGAGGAAGCAAGUGAGAAAGAUAUGACAGCCGACGAUACACCAUCCUCGCUACCGUCUAAUUCCAGUGGCACCUCCUCUAAUGUGCAGAAAAUGACACCCUCUGGGAUUACUUCAACUGUUAGUGAUGAUGACAAGACUCCAACAAAUACCCCUGGCCAUUCGCCCUUUCAUUCACCUACCGCACUACUGGAAAAUGCCUCUCCCAUUGUCACACAAGCAGCCAAAACUCAAGAUCCAGACUCCCCACCUCUCCCUCGUCCCCUUGCCACCUCCUCCCACAGCAACCUCCCUCAUCUCAUCUCUCCAGAUGUCAAGACAGCCUACCAGAAGGGGAAGAAACAGGUAUUAGACCUGGAUGCUUGGGUAGCUGGCUUGAGCUCAGAGAUUAAAGUCUGGAAUGAUGAUGAAGAUGAUGACGAGGAUGAUGAUGAAAGUACGCAGAAGGAUGAGGAUUCAAACUAUGAUUCAGACUCUGGAGAGUCCUCGGUGACCAUCACCAGUAACAUGAGCCAGUCAGAUCGUAGGAGCUUCUGUGUCAGUCUUUCAGAACUGUGUAACUUUGCUGGAGUUGACUACGAGUCAGAGAAUGACAACGAUGAGUGGCAGUCAGCAGGUGGGCGGACUGCCUCUCUGAGCUCAGACGUGUCUGCCCUCUCAUAUGUGUCUGUGAUGCCCAGUGAGGAGCUUGACAGGCUGCUGGAGGAUGUCAGGAGCCUGGGGGACAACACCCUGCAGGACUAUGAUGAUGUGCAGGUGGUGGUUCUUCAUAAAGAGGUGGGAGUGGGACUGGGCUUCAGUCUGGCAGGAGGCGUGGACCAGAACAAGCCAGUCACUGUCCAUAAGGUUUUUCACUCAGGCGUGGCAGCUCAGGAAGGCUCCAUAAGGGAAGGGGACCAGGUGCUGUCAAUCAACGGCACAGCGUUGCAAUGCCACGCCCACUGGGAGGCUCUGAGGGUGCUGAGAAGGGCGAAGACUCGUGAGAUGGGAGUGGUGGUCCUGAGGAGGGGAUGUGCUAACAGCGUCUCUAAUAGUGGAGUGCAGACAAAUAAUCAGGGACCAACACAGACUCAGUUCACUGAGACAGGUCAGAAUGUGUGCGUGUGUCUGGAGAAGAAGAGCAGGGAUCUGGGCUUCAGUCUGGAGGGAGGUGUAGGCUCCAGUCAAGGGAACAGACCGCUCACUGUACAGAAGAUCUUCCAGGGCGGUCCAGUCGACAAGGUGUGUCCUGGUGAUGAGGUUCUAGAGAUUGAAGGUGUGAGCAUGGUGGGGAUGAGGCGCCUGGAAGCCUGGACUUUGAUCAGAAAGCUCCCCCCCGGGCCUGUGGACGUAAUACUACAUCGCCCUCUAAAACAUCUGGAAACAUGAAGAUUAUGGCAAAUGCUUUGCACACAGUAAAGUUCAGGGAAUGAUGAUGAACAAGAGACUAAAAGCCAUAAGUGAGAGACAGCGUUGCCUGUAGUGGCUAAGAACAUGACAUAAAUUAACUGGGACAUUUGUUUACACAUAGUCAUUAUAACAAAGCCCAAAAGGAAACAUAAUCUCUCACACGUGUGUAUUUUUUUCACUUCUCUCUUUUACAGGAUUACAUCUACCUCAUGACCUGGGUUAUUUCUGUAUAAUAAUUAAAAUGCACUGAUGGCUCAUACGUUUAGUAAAUACAACAACUUUUAUACUAUUACUUCGAUCAGUUAAAAAUUAAUAAUGUGGCAAAUAGUAAAUAAAAACACUCUUUGUAACAUAUUGUGA